UCUUGUCAACGCUAUUAGUUUUUAUAGGUUAGUUUUUUGACUGAUUGUUUUAUAUAUUUUUAAAAACUAAAGAUUACGUGCAUUUUUACUGCUAACAAAAUGCUGGAAGCUCAAGAUAUCCAAGCAGAACAUAAAGAUUUGAUACAUGAUGUUGCUUACGAUUAUUAUGGCCGGAGAAUGGCUACAUGUUCCAGUGAUCAGUACGUAAAGGUCUGGGACCAAACUACAGAAGGUAAAUGGAUUCAAACAUCUAGUUGGAAGGCGCACAGUGGUUCUGUAUGGAAAGUUACAUGGGCACAUCCAGAAUUUGGACAAGUUUUAGCCACUUGUUCGUUCGAUAGAACUGCGGCAGUAUGGGAAGAAAUCGUUGGUGAGCUGCCAGGCCCUGGUGAAAGAGGCACCAGGCAUUGGGUAAGGCGAACAAACUUGGUAGAUUCACGUACUUCCGUGACCGACGUUAAAUUCGGUCCAAAAUCUCAGGGACUGCAGCUAGCUACCUGUUCUGCAGAGGGCAUCAUUCGAAUUUAUGAAGCACCAGACGUGAUGAAUUUGAGUCAGUGGACUUUGCAACAUGAGGUUCAGAGCAAACUUCCCUGCAGUUGCUUGUCUUGGAAUCCCAGCCUUAACAAACUUCAUCCGCAAAUGAUAGCCGUAGGCAGCGACGAUGCCAACCCCGCCAACGGCGGAAAAGUGUUCAUUUACGAAUACAAUGAAAAUUCACGACGUUGGACGAAGCUAGAAACCAUCGGUUCUGUCGUCGAACCAGUUCACGAUAUCGCUUUCUCUCCGAAUUUGGGCCGGAGUUAUCAUAUUCUCGCCAUAGCCACCAAGGACGUCAGAAUCGUCAAUCUAACCCCAGUCGAAGACGAACAGAGCCUUCAGAGCGGUGUUACAAAGUUAGACGUGCAAACCAUGGCUCAAUUCGAGGAUCACAACAGUUUGGUAUGGAGGGUUUGCUGGAAUUUAACUGGUACGGUGCUAUGUUCGACUGGUGAUGAUGGAUGUGUUAGAAUGUUCAAAAUGAAUUACAUUAAUUCUUGGAAACCAGUGGCGGUGCUCAAGGGGGAUUCGUCUAAAGCUCAAUGUUCUUCUAAUAAUGCGGCCAACGGCAACGCUGUAACCGCGUUUUCUGGCACCGCUAGAUACAUUAAGUUGGGCUCCAUUUCGCAAACCAGAGAAACUCCUUGGCAUUGAUUUCGUAGCUUAAGUUUUAUUAAUUUAAUUUUUUACCUCUUGAUAUGUUAGAUUUAGAUUAAAAUACGAAAUAUAGUUUAUGAAUUAAGAUAAGCGAGUUACGGUAUUAUGUAUUGAUAUUUUUCUCUACCAACUAUUUUUCGUUGGAAUUUUGGUAUAUUGAAUUGUGGUUUUGUCGUAUGUGUCAUCUGUCACUUGUCAAAUCGUCAAAACUAAAAACACAUCCAGUAAUAGUUGAAUAUAGCCUCGAAUUCGUUGAUAUUUAUUUUUUUUUCUUGAAAAUUACUUGUCAAAUAACAAAUUAUAAUUAAUGUCGCUAAUAUUUUGUGAUUUUAAAUCUUAAUGCGUUUAUUUUUUGACAUUUAUAUGUUGUCGUUUUUCUUUUUUUUUUGAGCACAGUUCGGAUAAAUAGCAGGCCUUGACUGGUUUUAAUGAAAAAUUGACGAUUUAUCUGACAUAUGGUAAUUUGCAUUUAAAUAAUAUCAUCUAAAGUCACUAAUAUGAUCCAGUGAAGAGUAUUUGUCAAUUUUUUCGUUUAUUCCGAGAUAAAUAAAUGUCAAAUUAAUGAAUAAAUAUAGCAUUUUACGCUGUUUGGCAGUUUUUUAUGCAUUUGUAAAUGUC